GAGAAAUCCGUUCGUCCUUAGCUAGGAACCUUUUGUUGUAAGAUUAUGUCGUUUCCAGUCGGACGAGGAUCAGUGACGGAACCCAAACAGCCACGUAGCUGAGCAGGGAGGAGAGCGUCGGAACGCUUCGUCAUGCAGUGAGACAGAGAGAGAGACACACACAGUGGUCCCUGUUCAUGGAUGUUGGAACAGAGCUGUACAAAGAUGGACAACGGAAAUGCAGACGCAGCAUCAGCAGAGAUCAACACCAUAAACACCACCACACAGGCAGGAGGAGACACUAGCAGGCUGAAAUUAGGAGAAGAACCACAUGCUAAGGAGAACAUCCCCAACGGUCACAUCAGAGUAGAGCCCCUGGAGAACGGAGAUAUUCAGGGAGAGACAGGAAAUAGCAGCUCCUCUGUCGUGUCACUUCCUGGUGCAGGUGUGGCUUGUUUCCCUGACAGCAUAGAGAAGCCUGAGGGCUCGGCACUGCAGUCGCUCAGACUAAGUAUCCCAAUGCAGGAGACGGAACUGUCAAGCGAGCCUUCUCUGGAGAUGGAGAAUGAGGAGAAGAUCCGAUUGGAGGCUCGGCGGCGUCUGGAGGAGCAGCUAAAGCAGUAUCGUGUUCAGAGACAGCGGGAGAGGUCACAUCAUCGCUCGUUCCCUAAGUCUCGUCCAUGCAGUACCCUUGACCCGGAACUCAUGCUGCACCCAGACAUUUUGCCCCGUGCCUCUGCUGUCGCCAUGACAACAGAAUACUCGUUCCUGCGCACCAGCGUUCCUCGUGGACCCAAACUGGGCAGUCUGGGUAUCCCGGCUUCCAAAGAGAGGAAGUCCAAAUCAUCACGAUCCGGAAAGAUCCACUCGCUUGCUGACUACAAAACCCCAGACACCUCCAGUGAAAGAGCGUCGUCAUCCGGUGUCUCCGUGUCUGCGGUUUCUGACAUGAACAUAAGCUCAGUCACCACUGUGUCUGAGAUCAGUACAAGCUCCAUCUCCACACUGUCAGAAACCAGUGUCCUCAGCUCUGAAAUUGGUAGAAAUGACGGGUACAGCGGAGGGACAGAGCUUGGGUUAGCAGCUAGCAUAUCUACAGCUGAGAAGCAGGAAGAGGAAGUAGUUGUUGGCCGGUACCCCUCACUGAGGGAGGUGCUACAGGCAGCUAAUGAGGAGCUGGAGCUGGAGAAGGAAGGCAGGGCCAACGAGGAGCUGGAGAGUGAAGGCGGGGCCGAGCCACGCAGCCGCAGGGACAGUUUCUCUAGCACUGUGUCGUAUGGGAGCUCAGUGAUGGGGAAUCAUGAUGAGCUGCUGCAGGUGUUGAAGGAGAAGAUGAGGCUGGAGGGACAGCUGGAGUCUCUGUCCUCUGAGGCCAGUCAGGCUCUGAAGGAGAAGACGGAGCUGCAGGCAGAGUUGGCGGCACUGGACGCACGUCUGCGUGCUCAGUGUGAGGAGACACGCGAGAGUUCUGAGCGUCAGUCGUCCCUGGCUUCAGAGGUGUUGUCCCUGCGCACGGAGAGGGGCGGGCUGGAGCGAGUCAUGACAGAACUGCAGGGGCAGCUGGAGGAGAAGAACGCUGGCCUGGAGUCGCUCUCUAAAGACCUGCAGCUUGCCGAGCAGCAGUACCAGAGGCUUAUGGGGAGGGUGGAGGACAUGCAGCAGAGCCUGAGCUCUAGAGACAUCACGGUGAGUGAGUUGCGUCAGCAGCUGUCCGGACUACACACACAGCUGCAGCAGGUGGAGGCUGAACGGGCCGCUCUGAACUCUAGGCUACAGACGUCGCAGGCGGAGGUUCAAUCACUGCAGCAGCUGCGCAGCUGGUACCAGCAGCAACUUGCCAUUGCACAGGAAGCCAGAGUUCGACUGCAGAGUCAGAUGGCCAACAUGCAGGCGGGUCAAAUGACUCAGAUCGGUGUGCUGGAGAACCUGAAGAUAGAGAACGUCAAUUUGUCCCACCAGCUCACUGAGACCAAACACCGCUCCAUUAAAGAGAAGGAGCGCAUCGCUGUCCAUCUGCAGAGCAUCGAGACAGACAUGUUGACGCAGGAAGCAGCCAUUCAGCAGAUCCAGGACGCAAAGUCGAUGGUGGAGAAUGACCUGCAGCAGAAACUGGAGGAGCUUGAGGAGGAGCGAGAGCAGCUACUCAAGGUGGCCAGUAAAUCUACAACACUGGAGAGGGAACUAGAAGAGGUGAGAUUGUCUCUGUCCCAGAAGGACACUCAGCUCUCAGCGUUCCAGCGAGAACAUGUGGAUCUGAUGAAGAAGCUGACGGAGACUCAGGAUGCCCUGCAGAGUAAAGAGCAGGCGCUGCAGCUGAUGGAGGCACGCUACGAGCAGCUGCAGGUCGAGCUGGACGAGCUGCAGGCCGACUCCUCCGCCCGAGGCGAAGAACUGCAAUUCCUACGCAACGAAAAGAUUGUCCUAGAGGUGGCGCUGCAGGCAGCGUGCACUGAGACGAGCCAGCUGGGUGAGGGGGCCGAGAAACUUGGACAGGAAAUGCUGGACUCGUCUGAUAUGCUUGAGAAGCUCAGACAGGAAGUGCAGGUCCAGGCCACGCAGAUCGAGUCCUUACAGCAGGAGAACGUCUCUCUGAAGAAACUAUCACAGAAACUGAAGGAGCAGUUCAACCAGCAGAAGGUGAUGGUAGAGGCGUACAGGCGAGACGCAGCCUCUAAGGAGCAGCUGAUCUCUGAGCUGAAGGCCACCAAGAAGCGUCUGCUGUCUGAGGUGAAAGAGCUGAAGGAGGAGGUGCAACAGGCAGAGCAUGCGAAGAGGAGUGCGGAGCUGGAGCAGCAGCGCCUCCUGCAGGAGGUCCAGAGAGUGCAGCAGCAGAUGAACAGCCUGGAGGAACAUCUGCAGGAGGUGCAGAGUGAGAGAGACCAGCUCGACAUGCAGCUGCAGUCUGUUCAGUUCGACCAGAAUCAGCUGUCUGCCGUCACUGAGGAAAAUCAGGUCCUAAGGAAGAAGGUGGAGGAGAUGCAAAGCGAGGCCAAGACUGCGAUUUCAGAGCAGAAGGUGAGGAUGAAGAGGUUGGGGACGGAUCUGACGAGCGCACAGAAGGAGCUGAAGGCGAAGCACAAGGCUUACGAGAACGCUGUGAGCAUCCUGAGCCGACGCCUACAGGAAGCUCUGGUGGAGAAGGAGACGGCCGAGGCGGAGCUGUUGAAACUGCGAGCACAGGUGGAUGAGAGCGGGAACAACCAGGCUCUGCAGGCGAAGGUGGAGUCGCUGCAGACAGAGCUGAACACUGUGCUCCAGAGUAAAGCCCUGCUGGAGAAGGAGCUGCAGGAAGUCAUCAGUCUGACCAGUGCCGAGCUGGAGGAGUACCAGGAGAAGGUGAUGGAGCUGGAGGAUGAGCUGCAGGAGUCGCGUUGCUUUAAGAAGCGAAUCAGACGCUUGGAGGACGCUAACAAGAAGCUAACGCUGGAGAUUGAGCACGAGAAGGGGAAGCUGACCGGGCUCGGGCAAUCCCACAAUGCAUUGCGGGAGCAUGCUAAUGUCCUCGAGGCUGCACUUGCUAAGAGAGAAGCUGACUUGGUCCAACUCAACCUGCAGGUUCAAGCCGUGCUGAAGAGGAAGGAGGAGGAAGACCAGCAGAUGAGGAACCUGGUCCAGACGCUGCAGGCUGCUCUCGAAAAGGAGAAGAUCAAAGUGAAGGAGCUGACUGAGCAGGUGGCUGAGGUGAGGCUGGAGGCAGCGCAUAACCACAGGCAUUACAGAGCAGCUGUACUGGAGCUCAGCGAGAUCAGGAAGGAGCUCCAAGCUAAAGAGGAGUUGCUGAGAACAAUGCAGGUGGAGGCCAGGAGACUCGAAGCUCAGGACGCUCAGCGCUCUCAGGAUGUGUCCCGGUUCGAGGCCGAGCUGACUGAGGCUCACACACAGCUGCAGGUCUUGCAGAAACAGCUGGAUGAUGAGCUCAACAAACAACCGCUCACUAACCAGGAGGUCGAGGAUCUUAAGUGGGAGGUGGAGCAGAAGCAGCGGGAGAUUGAUGCACAGCGCCACCAGCUGGACCUGUCUGAAAAGUGCCACCAGAAAGAGCUGGACACCAUGCAGGAAACACUGCAGAGAGUGCGGGUGGAGCUGGAGAUGGUGCAGGAGGAGCUGAACAGCACCAGAAAAGAUAAGUUUGUGCUGCAGGCAAAGGUGUGCGAGCUGAGGAACAGCAUGAAGAGCCUGCUGCAGCAGAACACACAGCUCAAACAGGAUCUCAAACACACUCGCACACGCAAGCGGAUGGAGGUGAAGUGUGACUCCACCCCUUUGACCCCAGUGAAAAUUCCGGAUUGUCCGGUUCCCGCGUCACUAUUGGAUGAGCUGCUGAAACCGGCCGCCUCCGUCAACAAGGAGCCGCUAAACAACCUGCACAACUGCUUACGACAGCUCAAGGAGGAGAUGGACAGUCUUCAGAAACAGAUGGAGGAGCACACGGUCACCGUGGCGACAUUCAACACGGCAGAGGAGGAGCUUCAGAAACUGGGUAUCCACAACAAUGGGUGUUCAUCCAAUAAGGAAAAGGAAACCAAGCCUGAAGAGACGCCGUCUUCGUAAGACAUCUCUCUGUCAGCGAGAGGACACGUUUUAUCCUGACACGCACUUUUUAAGGACCUGUUUUAUUUUCGUUUAUCUGAUGCCCAUAUUUGGUCAUGUCUCAUCUUUGUUGGACCUAAAGCUUUAUUUGUGUCUUUCUUUUAUUUUGUUUUUUUAUUUAUCUGUUGAAAAGUUGGAGGAAUGUUGCUAGACGUCACCAAAAAUCACGUACGUUCACGCGAGGAAUUAACCCAAUUAGGGCACAGAGAAUGACAUGUUCUGUCUGCUUGGGUAUAACCUAAUAAUACCGUAACCCCUGAAGAUGAGUUAAUGCCACUGGACACAUCAAGUCCGGUAGAACAGGAGGAAACAGGAAGACGUCAUUUUUACUGAACCGUUGAUCCAAUACUAAUAUCAGAGCUUUCACACCGGGUCAUCUGUUGAUUCCGAAUCAGCGUGAAAUUGAAUCGUUAACUAUGUAGUGGUUCGGAUUCACACUGCACAUAUUUACAUAUGUAAAUUUAGAAAGAAAACAUCUAAGGUGUGUGUAGGACUGAAAGUGUCCUCUUUCAAACACUUUUAUUUGUAACUUUUAGCCGUUUAGUGUGUCAAAAUCGUGGAAGUGUCCCAAGUAUGACGAUUCAGCAUGAAAUCAGAAUAGUUGAGUGGGGAGGAGACGGGACCAUCAGACACACUGUGAUCUGUCCAGUAAGAUGAAUUGCAGGCCGCAGAAUGAUACGAGCUCCACAGUGAAGAACUUAUUGUUUAUUCAUGUACAUAAAUAUAUCUAUAGCCGGUGUAAAUGGGUGAGAGCUGAACGCUCACUUUUACUCAGUGGAACACGAGUCACGGUUCUGCAUUUUGUUCUGUUCUGCACAGGAAGCUGUUUCCUGAAUGACAAGCUGAGGUUGUGAAGAUGCUGUGAGGCGUGUGAUGUGUAACAGGGUAUCUAAGGUGCUCGUGUUCUCACGUGUGAAUCAGGAAUUAAAGGGCUAAUAACCUAAUAAUACCGUAACCCCUGAAGAUGCCACUGGACACAUCAAGUCCGGUAGAACAGGAGGAAACAGGAAGACGUCAUUUUUACUGAACCGUUGAUCCAAUACUAAUAUCAGAGCUUUCACACCGGAUCAUCUGUUGAUUCUGAAUCAGCGUGAAAUUGAAUCGUUAACUAUGUAGUGCUGUCUCCAUGUUGAUGGGAGCUCGUCCCCUCACCACGGCUUUGUGAGCAUCGGUCAGUCAGAGGAUGGCUUUUACUCUGAUGCACUUUUUUAAGGCCUGUUUUUGUUUUGGUUUAUUAGACGCCCAUAUUUGGUCAUGUCCCAUACACGCUGUACAUGAGGGUCAGGAAUUAAAGGGCUGUUAAUCGCUGAAUAAAGAAAAAGCACCGGCUCCUUGGAAAAAAACGCACAUUCCUCGCUGUAGACUUCUGAAGCCCCGCCCCCAUGCCCCACCCUCAGGGAAAGUCACCGCGGCGAUGCUCUCAUCACAACACUGUGCUGAAGUUACAGGGUCGCACCUCACAGAUCUCAUUAACAUACACCACAUGCUAGUGUGGACUGCUUCUGUGAGGUAGCUCUUCUCUUUCCCCAUCCUUCAUUUCUUUCGUUCUUUCAGUUAUCAGGUCUGGGGUGUAUUGUGAUCAUUAAAGCUCCUGUGAUCGAGAGGUGCUUCCUGCUUACAUUAUUAUUAUUAUUAUUAUUAUUAUUAUUUGAACAGGUUCUCAUGACGUUGAGAGCUGAAUUGCGGACAUGGUUGUGUCGUGUCGGUUUGUUCUGCUCUAAAUCUGAGGACAUGUUUCCAUGUGUGUGAACAGUUGAUCUCUCUGUGCUCUAAAGUGUGUAAUUUAUACUGUAUAUAAAAUAAGAACUGUACUGACAGAUAUUGAUAUUGACAUUGCACAACUGACUGUUUGGGGAAAAAAAAAGAGAAAAAGAUGUAAAAUGUUGCUUUUUCCCCCCUUUUUGUGGUGGAAGUGAUUCUGACCGUUCCUGACUUUGUUUCUGACUGUGGAGCGUGCACGAGACGAGACUAACUCUUCCUCUUGGAUAUAGAUGUGCUCAUAACUCUGUGUUUCUGAAAAGCUUUGGCGCUGGAACAUCAAACAUCUGGGAGACAAAGAGAAAGAAAGAAAUAAACAUGUGCUUUAAAGUAGAUGUGUGCUGAACAGCUGAUCGUGUCCACAGUGUCACUGGGCUGGAGGUGGGAAUUUUUCAAGGUGUUCAGGAAAUGUGUUCUAAGAAAGAUCUCAUAAUGCACCUCAUUGACAAACAUGAAACUUUUAGUUUUCACAGUGAAAGACAUGAAUACGCUUACGUAUGUGGUGACAUUUUGAGAACGAGUGUAACGUGAUGAGAAUCCAAUGUUCCACAGCACUGGAUAGAACUAGAUACAGAUACAAACUAUGUUGUUGAGUUGCUGUGUGAUCGAGGAGUAAAACACAUGGGGUCGUGCUGUUAGAGGAAAAUGAUCAGCUGUGAGGUGGUAACAGUGACUCCAUCCGGGUGUUGUUGUUGUUCCUGGAUUAACACACAGUUUUAUUCCUUCACUUCUAGCAGGCAUGAAGCUGAGACGCACUGCUCUCUGCUUAGGUCUGCUUUAAAGCUGCUGCAGUGUCACUUUAAGGCUGAAGAGUGUAAAUGAUUAUUCAUGAGAAAGUUUCAAAUAAAUAACAGAUUUACUUCCA